AUGACAGUCCACACGGUAAAAAGAAGGAAAAUCAGUCCUUCCUCCGAGAAUGACGAAACGCAAACCCCCAAGCCUUCCAGAGAUGGUUAUUCCGAUGGAAAAGCGAAAAAUGAAAUUGUCGCCUCCAAUGGCACCAGCAAAACCGAUUAUUCGACCAAGCACGUGAAUAAUGACCGUUCAGCUGAACUUGCUUUCGCUAGUGGCUUCUACAAGUCCAGCUUCUUUAAGCUACAGAUGGAUGAAUUAUUGGCUGGGCUGAGACCAAACUAUGACAAGCAGGUUUCGAAGAUCCAGGAGACUCUUCAUAAACUGAAGGCAAUAAUCGAACGACUUCCUGAUAAAACUCUCAAAUCUGCAUUGGAAGCCGAGAAAGAGUUGCGCAGUGCGCAUGGUAUCUCUGUUCCAUUCCCCGAACCUCGACCAGGAAAGGAUACAAAAUACCCCAUGUCAUAUUCGAAGCCAACAAACAUUAAUGUUGUCGGGAGCUUUGCUCUGAGGACAGGCAUAAAAACGGCAGGGCCUCACAUAGUUGAUUUGGCAGUGACGAUGCCGAGUUCUCUCUUUCAGGAGAAGGACUACGUUAAUCACAGAUACUUUCAUAAAAGAGCGUAUUACAUUGCAUGCCUUGCUGCGGGAAUUCGAGAAGCAAAUGACUUGAACCUUGAUGUCAAAUACAGCCUGCAGGAUGGAGAUACUCUCCGCCCUAUUCUUGUCUUGGAACCGAUAAGUACUGAGAAAACUGAAGUAAUGCCCACAAAAUCGCAGAUUCGCAUCAUCACUGCGAUUGAAGAUACGGUAUUUCCCAUAUCGCGAACAUUGCCAACGAAAAGCAACAUCCGUCAAAUACCUGGGCAUGAAGGCCCCACUCCGUUCUACAAUGCUGCUCUUCGCUCAGAGUCCACGGUGGCACUCUAUCAUAAAUAUCUAUAUUUGGCUACGCGCAAGUGCGAUGCCUUCAAGGAUGCAUGUGUCCUUGGUCGUACCUGGCUCCAACAACGGGGAUUUGGAUCUUCUUUCCAGAGUGGCGGAUUUGGAGGCUUUGAAUGGAGUUUGCUCAUGUCUCUUCUGUUCGAAGGCGGAGGUCCUAAUGGAAAGCCAGUGCUUUUGACAUCGUAUAGCAGCUACCAGCUAUUCAAAGCAACCAUGCAAUUUCUCGCUGGAAGGGACCUGAAGAAGCCGCUAGUGUUUUCCGCUACUGGCCUCUCAUUCCCUAGCGGGGGGCCUGUGGUUUACGAUGGAAAGAGGGGAAUGAAUCCCCUUUACAAAAUGACACCUUGUUCCUACAAUCUACUUAGGCACGAAGCAAACAUCACACUAAAGAUGUUGAACGAGUCGCGUGAGGAUAACUUUGACAAGGUCUUCAUUGUUAAAGUGGAUGAGCCUACACUUCGGUUUGAUCGAGUCGUUUCGCUUCCUAACUUGGACAAUGCGGAUAUUCUUCAAGGGCUCCGCAACCAGUUAGCUCUUUAUGAUGUGCUCUCAAAAGCUCUCGGGAAUCGAGUUGAGCUCAUUUCUAUUUCCAGUUGCUGUGUCGAGCCUUGGUCGAUUGAGAAAAAGUCUUCGUUGCAAAAAGCGAGCACGAGACUCUCCGUUGGAUUACUUCUAGAUUCCGAGAAUUCCACCCGAGCUGUUGACCACGGCCCGUCGGCAGAACAGAAAGAAGAAGCAGCAUCUUUCAGGUCUUUUUGGGGAGGAAAGGCCGAGCUUAGACGCUUCAAAGAUGGAAGCAUUCUUGAGAGUUUGGUGUGGUCCGAUCAGCCGUCCUCGACAUCAAUAAUAUAUCAAAUUUUGGUAUACAUCCUGCAACUUCAUUUUCACAUUGCGGAAAAGGAUGUUCGGUAUAUCGGUGACGAAUAUGAUGAGAAACUUCACAGUGGUGGCGACGGCAUCGUAUCUUACACAAGUCCUUCUUUCCAACUGGUCUCUGAUGCUUUCAACUCUCUAGAAAGAUCUAUACAGAAUAUGGAUAACGUUCCUUUGACUGUUCGACAAUUGGUCCCGGCAAGCCCCCACCUUCGUUAUACAGCACUCCGCGUUCAACAUACACCGGGUGCCCUUAGCGAGCCAGUGAAUAUCGUUCUUCAGUUUGAAAGCUCUGCAAGAUGGCCGGAUGAUCUUGUAGCAAUUCAGAUGACGAAAAUAGCUUUUCUCGUUAAAAUCGGUGAUUGUUUGGAAUCAUCUGGUGCCGCUUCUUCGUGCCGAGUCGGCCUGGAGAAUGAGUCCAGCAGAAUUUUAAAUAAUGCUUUCCUUGAAAUUGUUCAUAUUUCCGGCGCUGUUUUUCAUCUUCGGAUACACCAUGACCGAGAGCAAACAUUGCUAGAGCGUCAACUCAAGGAGAAAAGCAACGGCCCCCGAGAAAAGGAGGAGAUUGCGUAUGCGUUGUCCGCAUAUAAGCGCCUGUUUGUUCACUCUCCUCGCCUAACACAAGCAAUUCGUACUCUGUGCACCCGUUUUCCGCUAUUGUCGCCUACCAUUCGUCUCGUCAAAUAUUGGUUCAACUGUCACCUUUUCACAGGGCAAGUUAAUGAGGAAUUGAUUGAGCUGAUGGCAACCCGGGUUUUUACCCAGCCGUAUCCCUGGAAUGAGCCCUCCAGUGUCAUGGCCGGCUUUCUGCGAACUCUCCAUCUCCUUUCGCGGUGGGACUGGCAACAAGAACCUUUAAUGGUCGAUUUGGGCGGAGAGUUAGACCAGGAUGUUGUCCAAGUGAUACGGACUCGCUUUUCCGCCUGGCGGAGCAUCGAUCCGGCGAUGCACGCAAUUGCCUUGUUUGCGGCGUCGGAUAUUGAUCCUGAAGGUGUAACUUGGACACAGUACGAAAUGCCACCUAGGGUUGUUGCUGCUCGAAUGACAACUUUGGCGAAAGCAGCUGUGAAAUUAUUUCGUGAGAAGGGAUAUGAUCUCAACAUAUCCGAUCUCUUCCAUACCUCUCUAGCACCAUACGAUUUCGUCAUCAAUCUACGCUCAAAACUAUUGGGCGAUCGACAAGCCGUGCCGAUGAAGUUUAAGAACCUGAAUGAACAACGCACCAAAAGCUGCGCUGCCAAACUUACGAUUGUAAAGUCAUUUGUUCGGGACAUCCAAGCGUGCUAUAAUCAGAACAUUCUAUUGUUUCAUGGGGAUGAACAAUGCAAUGUCAUUGCAGGACUUUGGAACCCCCAGGCAACGAAAUCUAAAAGUUGGAAUUUGAAGAUGACUUAUUCAACAUCCCCAAAUCAAUGGGCCGAUUCAAAGAGGAAACAAAACGACCAUGUUUCGGCCAAUAUUGAUGGCAUAUUGAAUGAAAUCUCCCGGCUUGGUGCCAAUUUGAUUGAAAGUAUCGAUGUGCACAACACAGCUACGGGUGUCGAAUAA